GCUUUGCAACUGCCCGUAUGGUUGUCAAGAUUUGGGAUGAGUAUUCCCAUAUUAUCGAUAGAUUGGUGGAAGUUUAUCGGAUUUUGUCGGGAUAGUUUACAGAUUCAACUGUGAACCAGAGGUCCCUGAUAUCAUGUCGGCCCUGCUUGACCCACUGAAAGGGGGGGAACCAAGUCAAGAGGAGACAGAUUCAUUGAUUGGCGACGCCCAGCCCAUAAUGGGUGCAGGGAGCCACACAACGGCUGCAAGCCUGGCUUCCAUCUUGUACAGUCUAGCGCAUCCCGAAGACAUCUCAACGAGGCAUCGUUACAAGGCAGACAGUGCAAAAGUGCUCGUGUACUUUGCGUCUCAUAGAUGACUUACUCCUCCCAAGUGCAUGCUGCGGACACAUCACGGACAAGCUUCCAGGAACAUGAACGCCACCAACCAUGACUACCUCCGGAGGUGUGAGGCGGUAUAUCAUACUUACUCUUGUAGCUACAGUUGAAGCGGUCUAUUCAAAAGCAGACUCGUUUGUUCUAGAACGCUCAUACCAAUUUCCGGACAUGACCAAAGACCAGGAUACGCUUGCCCCGUCCUCAACAGAUCAGCCACACCUCUGGUCGCUCCAAAGUAUGACGUGCCGGUUAACCGUUUCUUCUGUCAGCCUGUAUAGUUGUAUCGGGAAGCGCCGGGUCUUUAUAGACAUCUGGCAGAUGAUUGCAUGGCUCGUUUGGACGUUGGAUAUUGCUUUUGCUCCAGGGGAGGACGGGCUGAGUUUUGAAGGGGAUGCUACUGAUGCUUUUAUGAUGACUUAUGGUGAGCUGAGAUCACCUUUCAAUCUCAAAGAGAUCAUCUAGAGACUAUGUGAUGGUAAUGGCAAUGGUAAUGAUGUUCAAGCGAUGGAGUGGCAGGUCAGCGUAUAAGUUGGCGGGCCAAUAUCCCGUAUCCCUUCG